AUGUAUUGCACUCCGAAAAUUCACAAGGAGGGGAACCCACUCCGACCGAUCGUCGACUAUACAGGAUCUAUCGGUUAUAACAGCUCGAGGCUGUUAGCAGAUGUAUUAGGUCCACUAGUGGGAUUAAGUGAGUACCAUGUGAAAAACUAUAAACAUUUGUCAGACUCGUUGAGUACAGUGAUGAUUGAAGACAACGAAGUGUUUGCCUCACAUGACGUGGUGUCACUUUUCACCAACACCCCCAUCGACAAGGCCCUAUCAGUCAUAAGAGACCGCCUAGAGAAAGACAAGACCCUAAAAAAGAGAACCAAGCUGAGUGUGGAUGACAUCAUGAAUCUAACAGACUUUAUUUUGACUACAACAUACUUUCAGUUCAGAGGUGACAUAUACCAACAAAAGUUUGGCACCGCUAUGGGAAGUCCAGUAUCUCCGAUAGUGGCUAACCUGUAUAUGGAGUUUUUGGAAAGAGAAGCCAUUGCAACUGCUCCGGUGUCAUGUAAACCAACCUUGUGGAAACGCUACGUAGAUGACAUAUUAGAGAAGAUUCAGAGAGGACAACUACAGAACCUCACUGACCACCUCAACACUGUAGACGUUACCAAUAACAUCAAGUUCACCCACGAAGAAGAAAGCAACGGGGCCAUUCCAUUCUUGGAUACUCUCAUCACCAGGAAGGAAGAUGGUAGUAUCAAACUGCUAGUAUAUAGAAAGAAAACCCACACGGACCAAUACCUGAAUUUUUCAUCCCACCACCCAUUACAGCACAAGCUGAGCGUGGUCAGAACUCUAUUAGACAGGUGCUACAACCUCGUCACCGAAACUGAAGAUAGAGAUAAAGAGGAAGAACAUGUAAAACAAGCUUUAGGCCAGUGGCUAUCUGAAGCAGUGAGCCGGGUGUUUAAUAAACAUCGAGUCGCCACGGCCAUGCGCCCACAUCAGACACUACGCAACAUCUUAGUGCACCCCAAGGACAAACAGGAAACAACAGAGAAAGCAGAAGUAAUUUACAAAAUACCUUGUAAAAAUUGUGAUAAAGUCUACGUGGGAGAAUCGGGGCGAAAAUUUGGAAUAAGACUGAAUGAACACAAAAAAGAUUGUGAAACAAACUCAAAUAAGGCAUUUACUAGAUCAACUAGAAAACAAUCAGAAUCGACAAUAGAAAAAAGUGCAAUCACAGAUCACCAGAACAUAAAUAAUCAUGAAAUAGACUGGGAGGGGGCACGCGUAAUAGAGAGAGAAUCAGACUGGAGAGUGCGAAAAACGAAGGAGGCUAUCUGCAUCAAAACUGAGGGGGCAGUUAUGAACCGGGACGAGGGGGCCUUCCUUUCUGGGAUUUACAACCCACUUUUCGCCGGAUUACGGAAAUUCGGCGAGAAGUCCCGAGUGUCAGAGCUGCGAGUGAGCGAUAGUCAGGCCAGUUGCUCUGAUGAUGUCCACAGUGUUGGACGAAAAUUUCAGCUUUAA